AAACACACCCCCCGAGCCUGUGACUCAUGUUAUAAGAGGAAGAUCAAAUGCGACGCAGCAUUGCCUCGAUGUAACUAUUGCAGUCACCAUAAUUUCUUGUGCACAUUUACACGUCCAAAACGAGAAAAGGUCGCUGGUCAGCAACCGGCGAACAAAGCGUCGCCGCCGGUGGUACAGGGUCUUCAGGGUCAGUCCAGCCCUAGCUCGCUCGGCACAGACUCCACCCCCAUGGUCUUAGUCGAGAACGAGACUCCAUCCCCAAGUCUCCAAAAGACAAGCGACAACAGCAUCCUCCGCAAUGACCGAUCCCUCGACAAUCCGCCCGUGGGCCUACACUUCGCCGGGCGAAGACAGCCGCCGCUGACCUUGAUCUGGGGGGUUCCGACAUUCUCGCCUGAGGCGAAGCACUGGGUUCAAUGCACCACCGGGCAGACCAUGUCCUUUGCCAAGGUCUAUGACGAGGGCGCAUCGGGGGAACGGCUGGUCUGCCUCGACGCCGAGAUCAUCCGCAUCAGGUCUCAAACCACGGAUAUCUGUAGCCUACCCGAACAGGCCUUAAUCGAGUCAGUCCUGCAGGCAUACCAGUCCUCCCACCUCCGCAGCAGAUACCCAGUGGUGGAUCCCACCCUAUUCCGAACCACAAUUGCUUCCGCAUAUAACCAGGAUGGACUCACCCUGGACACGCGCAAUGCCAGUAGCCGAGCCUGUGUUUGCGCCUCCUUGGCCUUGAUUCCCUUAAUCUUAGAAGACUACCAUGCCCUCUCCCCGGCCGAGUGUGACGCCUUCGCGACCAAGGCCAAAUGUCUCAUGGCGGAAGCACUCAGCGGGCCUCCCUCGUUGGACUGUUUACAAGCCGCCGUCAUGUUGAGCCUUCAUGGAAUGAUCACCAGAUCUCUUCAGACGGCAAUUUAUUUCAACACCAUAGCGGUGCGUUUAGUGUUCAUGCUGGGUGGACACAUCACUGAUCCGGAGAUUGGUGCUUCGUCGCCCGAUGCGGACCCACGCGCGGCCAGUCAUGCCCGGAACCUGUUCUGGCUUUGUUACUUGACAGACAAAGGCUUGACCUUCCGUUGUGGUCAGCCGCCUGCAAUCGACGAUUCGCAGUGUGACCUGACCCUACCCGCCGACUACACGCAAAAUGUGUAUCGGUCGGUCGGCCUUUCAACGCACGAUCUUUCGGAUACCAUCAUCUUUCCCUUUGACAUCCGCUUGGGGAUGAUCAAGAGCAAGAUCUUUGCCAAUAUUUACUCAGUUUCAUCGCUCCGCAGGUCCCAGUACGAAAUCGAACAGAGUAUUCGCGAGAUUGAACAGAACCUCGGAAACUGGAGAAACUCGAUACCUCCUACCUGGCAACCGCCCCCGGUUGGUCUUAUGACCGAGCAUGAGGUUACGCUUCACCCGCCGCCUAACAUCCUCCUGACGUGGUUUGAGUAUUAUCAGUGCGCAUGCAUGCUACACUUGGUCCGCGGCCUUUAUGGAAUGUCGGCCGGGAUUCAUCACGUGAAUGGUGGUAGCCUGCUGUUAUCCAACCUUGCAGUUUCUGUGGAGGCCAGUCGACGGAUCCUCCGUCAUCUAGAAUUCGCUGUAUCCUUCCAAUCGUCUGAUGCGUCAUGGAUCGCUACCUUCUCCGUGCCCUUGGCCUCCAUCGUUGUCUUCUGGAGUAUCCUGCAGGAUCCAUCACAUGCUUCCGCUCCAGACGAUGUUCAGCUACUCUUAUCGGCCAGCGCUUACCUUGCGACGUGUCACCGGACUCUUAGACUGCCAGCACCUAUCCUCCAACAUUUCACCUCCAUGUCCCAUUAUAUUGGGGAGUUCUACCGUCUG